GUGUGUAUUUAUUACCUUUCUUUGGGGCCAGUCCCAUAGAGGAAAUGCCAGGCAGCAGCUAGAUGCCACAUGGGAUUUCCAUCAAAUAUUUGCUGCCUUUGCAGCCUCAAGAAGGGGAUGUUUGAGGGACCUGGAUCUAGACUCGCUCAAGAGCCAGGACUGAGUGGUGGUGGUCUUCAGUGACAGUCUAGACUUGGACUCUGAUGAGCUCUGAACUGACAUUCAGAGGUCCUGGGUGACAUCCGAGGGUUCUGAGGUUGGUUUAUGGAGCAGUACCUGUCACUGACAGACAGACUUGGCUCCCUGACAAACGUUACUGAAAGCAUGGGUUAUUCCCCUCCUCCUCAGUACCCACGCUCCGCCUUCCUUCUCUUGUUUAGGCUAAUCUUUAAAAGUGAUGUAACUUAAAACAGUCCAGUGUGAGUUAAUCUGCAGGGCCAGCUAGUAUCCUGGGAGUAGAGGUGACUGAGAUCUUUUGCCUAGAGGUUAGAGGAAUGACAAGGUCAAACGCUGGCGUUUCAUGCCGACGGGUACCUGGGAACAGUGUUAAAGGCAGGCUAACGGAAUGGGCUUUUCCCCUUCCUCUUCAGGCCUUGUCGAGGAGGACCAUGGCCGAACAACUCCUUCCUCAGGCUUUGUAUUUGAGCAAUAUGCGGAAAGCUGUGAAGAUAAGAGAGAGAACCCCAGAAGACAUUUUCAAGCCUACCAAUGGGAUCAUUCAUCAUUUUAAAACCAUGCACCGAUACACGCUGGAGAUGUUCAGAACGUGUCAGUUUUGCCCACAGUUUCGGGAGAUCAUCCACAAGGCACUUAUUGACAGAAGCGUCCAGGCUUCCUUGGAAAGCCAGAAGAAGCUCAAUUGGUGUCGUGAAGUCAGGAAACUUGUGGCUUUGAAAACCAAUGGUGAUGGAAAUUGCCUCAUGCACGCCGCUUGUCAGUACAUGUGGGGCGUUCAGGAUACGGACCUGGUCCUGAGGAAGGCCCUCUACAGCACCCUCAAGGAGACGGACACACGGAACUUCAAAUUCCGCUGGCAGCUGGAAUCCCUGAGAUCCCAGGAAUUUGUGGAAACGGGACUUUGCUACGACACUCGGAACUGGGGUGACGAAUGGGACAGUUUGGUCAAAAUGGCGUCCGCAGACACACCCGCCGCCCGCAGUGGACUUCAGUAUAAUUCCCUGGAAGAAAUCCACAUAUUUGUCCUCAGCAACAUCCUCCGAAGACCCAUCAUCAUCAUUUCAGACAAAAUGCUAAGAAGUUUGGAAUCGGGUUCCAACUUUGCUCCCUUGAAAGUGGGUGGGGUUUAUCUGCCCCUCCACUGGCCAGCCCAGGAAUGCUACAGAUACCCCAUUGUCCUCGGCUAUGAUAGCCAGCACUUUGUACCCCUGGUGACCCUGAAGGACAGUGGACCUGAAAUCCGAGCUGUUCCCCUUGUUAGCAGAGAUCGGGGAAGAUUUGAAGACUUAAAAGUUCACUUUUUGACAGACCCUGAAAAUGAGAUGAAGGAAAAGCUUCUCAAGGAAUACUUGAUGGUGAUGGAGAUCCCCGUGCAAGGCUGGGACCACGGCACGACCCACAUCAUUAAUGCUGCCAAGUUGGAUGAAGCUAACCUACCCAAAGAAAUAAAUCUGGUGGACGAUUACUUUGAACUCGUUCAGCAUGAAUACAAAAAGUGGCAGGAGAACAAUGAGCCGGGCAGGCGAGGGGCACAUGCGCAGAAGAACCCUUUGGAGCCGUCCACACCCCAGCUGUCGCUCAUGGAUGUAAAAUGCGAGACGCCCAACUGUCCUUUCUUUAUGUCCGUGAACACUCAGCCGUUGUGCCACGAGUGCUCAGAGCGGCGCCACAAGAACCAGAGCAAACUCCCAAAGCUGAGCGCGGCGAAGCCGGGCCCGGAAGGACUCCCAGGCGGGGGCGGCUCCGCCUGGAGCCCGGAGGAAACCGCUGGGGGACCUCAUUCGGCCCCACCCACGGCCCCCAGCCUCUUCCUGUUCAGCGAGACCACCGCGAUGAAGUGCCGGAGCCCCGACUGCCCCUUUACUUUGAAUGUGCAGCAUAAUGGAUUCUGUGAGCGUUGCCACGCUGCCCGGCAGCUGAGUGCCAGCCAGCUGAGCGCCAGCCACGCUGCGGACCCUGGUAAGUGCCAAGCCUGCCUUCAGGAUGUCACUCGGACGUUUAAUGGCAUCUGCAGUGCCUGUUUCAAAAGGACUACAGCAGAGCCUUCCUCCAGCCUCACCUCCAGCCUCCCACCUUCCUGUCACCAGCGCUCCAAGUCCGACCCCUCACAGCUCAUCCAAAGUCUCGCCCCACACUCUUGCCACCGAACUGGAAAUGACGUCCCCUCUGGCUGCCUUUCCCAGGCAGCGCGGACUCCAGGAGACAGGACGGGGACCCGCGAGUGCAGAAAGGCCGGCUGCAUGUAUUUUGGGACUCCAGAAAACAAGGGCUUCUGCACGCUGUGUUUCAUCGAAUACAGAGAAAAUAAACAGUUCAUUGCUGCCUCUGGGAAAGCCGGUUCCACGGCCUCCAGGUUCCAGAACAAUGUCCCGUGCCUGGGCAGGGAGUGUGGCGCCCUCGGAAGCACCAUGUUUGAAGGAUAUUGUCAGAAGUGCUUCAUCGAGGCUCAGAACCAGAGGUUUCACGAAGCGAAAAGGACGGAAGAGCAGCUGAGAUCCAGCCAGCGCAGAGACAUGCCUCGAACCACGCAGGGAGCCUCGAGGCCCAAGUGUGCCCGGGCCUCCUGCAAGAACGUCCUGGCCUGUCGCAGCGAGGAGCUGUGCAUGGAAUGCCAGCACCUGAGCCAGCGGGUGGGCCCUGUGGCCCGCCGGGGGGAGUCCCCUCCUGAAGAGCCCCCUAAACAGCGCUGCCGGGCCCCCGCCUGUGAUCACUUCGGCAACGCCAAGUGCAACGGCUACUGCAAUGAGUGCUUCCAGUUCAAGCAGAUGUAUGGCUAAGUGCAGACGAGUGGACUGGCCCCGCGAGACGGGGGCCUCAACCUGCCAGCCAGAGUGGUGCUGUACUCCAGACCCCUGAGUGCCAUAGGAACGGUGGGCCCUGGGACAGCGGCUGCCAAGUGUCUUUGAGCAAAAGGAGACAAGAUAAGCUCUUCAUCGUGGCCGUGACAUUCAGGUUCGGUAACCGAGACUAUGCCCAGGCGGGCUGAGAGUUGACCUCGUGACAAGCGAUGCAUGAUGUCAGGUUCAGCCUGAAGCUGUUGCUGCUGCUCAUCUACCAGGAGGCUAGGGAGAUCUUCAGACGUGAAAGGCAUGCAUGCUGGGACUGGUAACAGUUCCUGUGCCCACCUGCCAGGAAACAGGAAGAAAGGCACAUGGGCAGGCGGGUUGGAGCCUGAGACCAUCUUACUGCACCCCCUGUGCCCCAGAAAGCUGAAUCCUCCGAGUACCAAGGCCCUCCGCAGGAAGCUCGAGGAAGCUCAGGGAAAAUGGAUGUUGGUAGAGCACAUCUGUCUUCAUCGUCAUCGGUGGGCUUCCCAACCUGCCUACUUGGUUCCCGAGGUUCUGCAGGAAAGCAGAGCCACACACAGACUGUGACCCUGAGGCUGCUGAAACAGAACAUGUUCACAUGGAGACCAAACAAGCUGCUCUUGACUGUAUGGAUGCACCUUUUAGACAGCAGAACAUCUUAGUGGGAAGACAUGCUACCACUGCUCAUCAUUGUCUUCAGGUCCAGAGAGAUUGGUUUGGAGUGAGGUGUGUGUCAUCAGAGUGUGUACAUAUGUAAUAUACCCUUAUAUUAUGUAUGAGGGAGUUUUGUUUGUUUUUUUUUAAGCAUUGAAAUGAUGCCCUAUAGACAGUAGGAAGACUGAAUAAUAAUAACCUAUUUUCUGGUUGUUGUCAGGUUGCCCCUUGGGUAUACAGCUUGUUAGUGAAUUCAACAAGCGGCCUUCUUAAAGGGAACCCUCACUCUACAUUAUUUAUUAUGAACUUCAGAGUUAUUUAAAUGAAGAUUUUUUUUUUCUCCUGCAGUAUUCUCUUGGAAUAACAUACUUGCUUUCCGCCACGUUCUGGGAACCUGGCAAAUUCCUGACCUCGGGCUGUGGUGGGGUGGUUGUCUGCUCCCAACUCACUGCCUCCCCAGGAAAGAAGGGAUGGCUUUAUGAAUAAAGUCUGUCGAAUCUGACGCUUCUCCUGACUCCCCAGCUGCACAAGACAAAAUCAUUGUCUGUCUUCUGUUGAUGCUUCAAAGCAUCCUACCUCUUUGAAGAGAAGAUAGGGAGGGUGAUGGUGGGGAGGGACACAGAACCAUGUGGCCUUUCAUGACCUUUGCUUGCUAGGUAAAUGCUGUGCCCUUGGGGUACUGGAUAGGAACCCCAGCCUCAGGACCGCAAAGCCAGUAGCCUUGAGGAUGAGAAGGUUCCUGUCACUGGCUUGUAGCUUUUCUGUGUGCUUUGCACUUGCCUUAGGAGGGAGAUGCAUUUCUCCCGAGGGAAGGGCUGACAUUCUGGGGUCUAACCCAGUGCCUGAAGAUGCUUGUGAUGUAUAACUCUACAUAGCCUUUUCUCUCCAUAGCUGACGCGUGUCUUUCCCCGACUUACGUCUUUGUCCAUUUCUUUUCCAAAGAUGUCAAAUACAGUGCAGCGUUUUCAUCUAGUUCUUUCCAAGUUAAUAGGCUAAUAUUUUGUGUCUAUUGAUAUUUUCAUUCUUAAUGUGAAACUAUGAAAUUAUUUAUACUUAUUAUAGAAAGUAUGUGAAAUUUGCACAUUUAGUUAUCUUUCAUAGGAUGGGAUCUAACUGUUUUGGAUUUCUUCAGAUUGUCUUAAAGAACUGUAACUUCACAAAAGUCAAUAUUAGAAAAAUAAAUUAUUUAAGAACAAAUCC